AUCUGAGUGCAGUGUCACAACAGGGCAGGGCUCACAUCUGGGCAUAUUCGCUUACAAGCAGCUGGGACAAAGUGAUGAAGUUACACUGACCAUGUGAAAUGAUUCCCUCACAAGGAAGACAGAAUGCUGUCUCUCUGAUGGAGAGUAUAUCAGUUCUUUAAUACUUUCUGGAAGGAGAAAACAUCUAAAGGAUUUGGGGUAUUUCCUUAUUUUGGAUUGUAUUUGUAUCCUGAAGAAAUCCCUGUGCGUACUACUUACUGAUAUAUCAAACAUUGUCUAGAAGGAAUUUUUCCAGAGAGAGCUGCGGUUGGUUUAGGAAAUAAAAAGAAAAGAAAAUAUACACAGAGGGAGCGUGCAAGUUGGAUACCGAGAGAGGAAAUAAAGACCUGCGUGGGAAAAGUACAUUAGAGGAAAACUGAUCAGGAAUGAAGAUAAUUGUGAAUAUCAUGACGGUGUGUGUCAUAUAUAGCAACAAGCAGCAUGUUGUUGAGAAAGAGGUGCAGGUCCCUUCUGUGCCAACCGCAGAUGCUGGUGCUUACGCUAGGCUUACUGCUGAUACUAGCCAUAGUUACCAUACUGGAUCCAGAAACCCAGAGUGAGAGCAAUUCUAGAAAUCUGGACCACCAUCGUGAAGGAGAUCAUUAUAGGACAGCUGCAAGCUCGUUUCUGGAGAGGGUUGAUGAAAGACAUCAGUAUAAGGUGGAAUUGUUAUCUCCUCUGUCUUCUUUAAGGGAGGAAGGGUUACUUGCAAUGACGAUGUCUGGACCCAGAGAGAGACCUGACAGAGACAGGAGAAAAAUGUACAGAAUAGUGGGGCAGCCGAAGAGGAAGAACGAAGGUGAUUUACCAACCCAGGUCUUGCACAAAGGACUGGCACUAGAGAGAGUGGGCUAUGACUCCGAAAUUCAGAAAAUUCCUGUACAUAGGACAAUACCAGAAGGACGCCAUCCACUAUGUCUCAAGCAAAGUUAUGACGAGAAGUUCCCGACAGCCAGUGUUAUCAUCUCCUUUCAUAAUGAAGCCCUGUCUUCAUUACUGAGAACUGUCCACAGUGUGCUUGACAAUUCCCCAAGACGCUGGCUAAAAGAAGUUAUCCUUGUCGAUGAUCUAAGUCAUCAAGGACAACUUAAGUCUGCCCUGAGCGAAUAUGUUUCAAGAAUCAGUGGAGUGAAAUUAAUAAGGAGUAACAAGAGGCUUGGUGCUUUUGGAGGCCGUAUGCUGGGUGCAGCGAGGGCAUCAGGAGACGUCCUGGUCUUCCUCGACUCACACUGUGAGUGUCACAAAGGCUGGUUGGAGCCAUUGUUGAGCAGAAUAAUGAAUAACAGAAAUCGAAUAGUUUCUCCUGUUCUAGACAUUAUUGACCGGAAGACAUAUGAGUAUUAUUACUCUGCUGAUCUGCAACGACUCGUAUUUAACUGGAAACUUGAUUUUCACUGGGUGACUUUACCGGAGCAUGAAGAGAAGCUACGCCACUCUCCCAUCGCUCCAUUCAGAAGUCCAGUAAUACCAGCGUGUGUAGUAGCAGUUGAUCGCCAUUACUUCCAAAAUAUUGGGGGGUUUGAUGCAGGCACUAACUUUUGGGGGGCUGAAAACUUGGAGUUAUCUAUCCGGGUUUGGCUCUGCGGUGGUUCAGUGGAAAUCGUUCCGUGUUCACGAGUUGGACAUGUAAAUCAGAAUCAUACCACGUACGCUCCGCUUCAAAAUGACUCAGUAUUGCGGAACAAAAUCCGAAUUGUAGAGUUAUGGAUGGACUCCUACAAGGAUACCUUCUAUAAGCAUAUUGGAAAGGCUUUAAUCAGCAGGGUUGAACCGACUGAUAUUACUGAACGUGAACAGCUACGUCUAAGGUUGGGAUGUAAAAAAUUUGAGUGGUUUCUAGCCAACAUUUACCCAGAAAUCAAUGCUACUUUUUCCAUGUUGGGAUCAUCUGGACGAAUUUUUAACGCAGGUGUUGGCUUGUGUAUUGAGUACAAACAUUCAGGUCAACCUCUUGAACUUUCCAACUGCGAUAAGACAAAUACUCAGAUAUUCAAGUACAGCCAGAAUGAAAUAAGGUUUAAAUCAGAACGCUCCCUUUGCCUUGAUGUGAGAUAUGAACAGGCUGUCCUCAGAAACUGCUCUCUACGUGAAAAAUCCACGCAGAUAUGGGAUUUUAACGAGGAUGGAUUAUUGAAACACAUUUCUACUGGCAAGUGCAUAGAAGCUGCAGACAGUCAUUCAGACAAAGUGUUACUACGGUCUUGUAACAAUCACGGAAAUCAACUCUGGAAAAUGAUACCUCUCUGA